UGUCUCACGCCAUGUCACAAUAAUCAACUAAUCCACCUCCAUAAAUCUCAAGCUCAAACCAAAAGCAUGAACACAACACAAUUGUUGCGAAUCCAUCUUUAAAGAUGCAAGUGAAAAUCUUAGAAACAAAAUCCAUUCUUCCUUCCACACCACCUUUUAACGAUGACCACGUUCUCCCUCUUUCCCACCUAGACAAUGACCCCAACCUCCGUGUCACCUUCCGUUACCUCCGCGUAUAUGACAACAAACCCACUGACCCCCAGCCCUUCCUCGUCAUCGCCACUGCUCUCUCCUCCGCUCUUCUUCAUUACUACCCUCUUGCCGCCACCCUUCGCCACGUCGGCAACCAACGUCUCUCGCUGUUUUGCCAGGUGGGCCAGGGUCUCCCUCUUGUCAAUGCCACUGUGGACUACACACUAGAAUCUUUGAACUAUCUUGACGACCCGGAUUCGGAUUUUGUGGAGCAACUAGUUCCCGACCCGGACUCGGAGGAGGGGUUGCUUAAUCCGUGUAUUUUACAGGUCACGGUGUUCAAGUGUGGUGGGUUCACUCUGGGUGCUGCUAUACAUCACGCUUUGUGUGAUGGACUUGGUGCGACCCAGUUUUUCAAUGCCGUGGCUGAGUUGGCGCGUGGGGCGGCUCUGGUGUCGGUUCAACCGGGUUGGGACCGAGCAAGAUUGUUGGGUCCAAGAGAUCCACCGAGGGUUGAAGGUUCUGUUACGGAGUUUUUGAGGUUGGAGAAAGGGUUUAAACCGUACCGUCAAGCGGUUGGACCAGUUGUUAGAGAAUGCUUUAAUGUGACGGAUGAGUGUUUGGAUCAGUUGAAACGUGCAUUGCUCGAGAAUUGUGGCUUGAGUUUUACCACGUUUGAGGCUUUGGGUGCCUUCUUAUGGCGAGCCAAGGUCAGAUGUUCAGGGAUUCCUGGAGAUGAAAAUGUGAAGUUCGCGUAUGCAACCAAUGUUCGGAAAAUAGUGAAGCCUCCACUACCUUUUGGAUAUUGGGGUAAUGGCUGUGUUCCAAUGUACGCGCAGCUUAUAGCCAAAGAACUAGUAGAGCAACCACUUUGGAAGACUGCUGAACUGAUUAAGAGGAGCAAAAGCAAUACCACUGAUGAGUAUGUGCGCUCAUUUAUCGAUUUUCAGGAGCUGCAUUCUGGAGAUGGUAUCACAGCGGGUAAUGAAGUGAGUGGAUUCACAGAUUGGAGGCACUUAGGCCAUUCGAGUGUGGACUUUGGUUGGGGAGGUCCAGUUACUGUUUUCCCGCUUUCAAGGCAUCUUCUUGGCAGUGUUGAACCUUGUUUUUUCUUGCCUUAUUCCUCAGCAAAUGCAGGAAAGAAGGAUGGAUUUAAGGUCCAAGUCACUUUGCGCCAGACCGCCAUGCCUCCUUUCAGGGAAGAGAUGCAGAAGUUUAGCAGCAAAGAGUUUGGGUUGUCUUGAUUGCAGUUGUCUUCUGGUUGUGAUUUUGCUGCCAUCUGCACAAUUGUAAUCCGAAGAUGUUGCUUAACAUAAAAACAUAGCUACAUUGUUAAACUAUAAAUUACAAUCUUUAAGUCUUAUGUUAUAUUCGUAUUUUGAGAAGUCUAUUUUGUA